UAUUCAGAUAGGCAAGUAAUUUAGGGUGUUUGUUCAGGCCAAAUGUGUCUUCCAUCUUACAGUGAUGUAGAGAACUGUUUCUCUCAUAGCGUCACUAUGCAUUUCUGGUGAGACAUGUAGGCUAGGCUAGGCUGGGCAGGGGUGAAUGAAGUGGCUAUUUCAUGUCUGGUUGAGACUCAGGAGAGAGCCUUCUAUAUGACAGCACAAUGUGCCUUUGCAGACUUUUUAUUUGGUUGAUUUGGCCUGCAAGGCUAAUGAAUGUUUACCAUACAACUAGUAUGAUAUUCUUUAUACUCUGCUCAUGUUUCUUGAUUUUACUGCAUGGUUGUUGUUGUUUUUUUUUUUUUACUUUACUGUAUUGUUGUUGUUUUUUUGAAGAGGCAUUUGUAGUUUCUUUAAUUAGUUGUCAGCUGCUUCACAUAUUAAAAUUGUAGUACCAGGAUGAGAUGAAUACAGCAAAACGAAAGAAAAAUAUAUGUUUAUGUAAGCAAAAUGAAUACAACUACAUAGUCAAGGCAAAUCAGGUAGGUUUUUAGUAUGCACAUGUUGUUCUUCCUUCUGACAGGUAACAAUUGUUGCUUGUCACUUCCACAUUUGUGUAGGAUCAGAGAAAAGUAGCUCCUUACUUUCUAGGGGAGCAGAUGUGAUAUAUGAAUAGAGCCUCUGAUGUGUGAGCCUCGUAAGUAUCACUUAUUGAUUAUAGCUGGAAUACAUUUUUCUGCCACAGAGUUUAGGAAAUAAAGCUUCUUCAUGUGUUCCUGUCACCCUGAUUCUUUUUUUAAAAACCAAAGAGACCAAAAGCAUAUCUGUCCUUCCAGAUGGAGGACGAAAGCCCAAGCCCAUCCAUUUUAUCAGAACCAUCUUGCUGGUAGCUACAUGUUUCCCUCACUUCUUGCCGGCUGCCAGUAAGGUUUGGUUGUGGAAACAGUGACGUUAGUGCAGUGUUUAUUAGGCAGCUGAAUGAUAGCAGCUGUCAGGAAUGUUUUGGUUGAAGACGGUAUCCAGGGAACCCAUCUCUUUCUCUGGGAGCUGCACACUGCCUGUUGCUAAGGUUGCUUCUACAAUAACAUGUGCAUCCUGUUUAUACCUCCAUCUGAAGAAGUUGGGCUUGGUUAGUUUCACCAGCCUCACCAGGAGAGCUGCAAAGAAAGAAGCACUCGUUCUCCAUCCACAACUUCAGCCCAGCAGUCUGAGACACAAUCUUCUUCAUCCUAAUCUCGGUUGAUGUUGCUUCUGAUGCUCUCCAGGCCACAGAAGUGAACUGCUUUCUAUGUGGAACACAAAGUUUGCAUUGCCAGCUCCUGUUUUGUAUAGGAAAGAGAGACAGGGCUGAAACAGUAGCACCCAGCACUGUGUUGUUUGCUCGAGAAACCUGCUCCUCGUUUUGCCAAGAUGACAAACAACUCUGCAGAUCACCAUCCUGGGAACUCUGUUACUGAGGGCAGCCAUGAGGGGGAAUUUGGCUGCUCCGUUAUGGACCUCCGGAGUCUCAUGGAGGUUCGCAGUGGAGAGGCAGUGAACCGAAUAAAUGACAACUAUGGGGGAGUGCAUAGUUUGUGCAAGAGAUUAAAGACCUCACCAGUAGAAGGUCUAUCAGGGAAUCCUGCGGAUUUGGAGAAAAGAAGGCAAACAUUUGGCCAGAACUUCAUUCCACCCAAAAAGGCCAAAACAUUCCUGCAGUUAGUCUGGGAAGCAUUGCAGGAUGUUACAUUAAUCAUAUUGGAAAUAGCAGCCAUAAUCUCCUUGGGCCUGUCUUUCUAUCACCCACCUGGUGGCGACAAUGAAGCGUGUGGGGAAGCAAAAGGCAGUGCAGAAGAUGAAGGUGAGGCCCAGGCUGGAUGGAUCGAGGGGGCAGCCAUCCUCUUCUCAGUCAUUAUUGUGGUGCUGGUCACAGCCUUCAAUGACUGGAGUAAAGAGAAACAGUUCCGGGGCCUCCAGAGCCGCAUUGAGCAGGAGCAGAAGUUCACAGUCAUCCGCAAGGGGCAAGUGAUCCAAAUCCCUGUGGCUGAGAUUGUGGUGGGAGACAUUGCUCAGAUCAAAUAUGGUGACUUGUUACCUGCAGAUGGAGUCCUGAUUCAAGGAAAUGAUCUGAAAAUUGAUGAGAGCUCUCUUACUGGAGAAUCAGACCAAGUGAAGAAAUCUCUGGAAAAAGACCCUAUGCUGCUUUCUGGUACUCAUGUGAUGGAGGGUUCUGGUCGAAUGCUGGUCACAGCUGUGGGUGUCAAUUCACAAACUGGAAUUAUUUUUACUCUUCUGGGUGCUGGAGAAGGGGAAGAGGAGAAGAAGGUCAAGAAAGGUAAAAAACCCGGAGCCCCUGAAAAUCGCAACAAAGCCAAAACUCAGGAUGGUGUUGCCCUGGAGAUCCAGCCACUGAAAAGUCAAGAAGGGAUAGAAAACGAGGAGAAAGAAAAGAAAAAAGUAAAGGUCCCCAAGAAGGAGAAGUCUGUAUUGCAGGGCAAGCUCACCCGCUUGGCAGUUCAGAUUGGAAAAGCAGGAUUGAUCAUGUCGGCCAUCACAGUGAUUAUCCUGGUGUUGUAUUUUGUGAUUGACACCUUUGGAAUUCAAGGACGGUCAUGGCUGGCUGAAUGUACCCCCAUUUACAUCCAGUAUUUUGUCAAGUUUUUCAUCAUUGGUGUCACCGUGCUUGUGGUCGCUGUGCCUGAAGGAUUGCCCUUAGCCGUCACAAUCUCUUUAGCUUACUCUGUCAAGAAAAUGAUGAAAGAUAACAAUUUGGUUCGACACCUGGAUGCUUGUGAGACAAUGGGCAAUGCCACCGCUAUCUGCUCAGAUAAGACAGGUACCCUGACCAUGAACCGUAUGACUGUGGUGCAAGCCUAUGUGGGUGACACUCAUUAUCGACAGAUCCCUGACCCAGAGGCCAUCUUACCCAAGACCCUGGAUCUCAUUGUCAACGGUGUUGCAAUAAACUCCGCAUACACCUCUAAAAUUUUGCCACCGGAGAAAGAAGGGGGUCUCCCACGUCAAGUUGGAAACAAGACAGAGUGUGCACUUCUGGGUUUUGUGCUGGACCUGAAACAGGAUUAUCAGGCUGUACGCAAUGAAGUUCCUGAGGAAAAGCUGUACAAGGUCUACACUUUCAAUUCAGUCCGCAAGUCCAUGAGUACUGUGUUAAAGAAUCCCGACGGGGGCUUCCGCAUGUACAGCAAAGGCGCUUCUGAAAUCCUGCUGCGCAAAUGCACAAAGAUCUUGGACAAGAAUGGGGAACCUCGAAUCUUUAAAGUGAAGGAUCGAGAUGAAAUGGUGAAAAAAGUGAUUGAGCCAAUGGCUUGUCAGGGGCUACGCACCAUUUGUCUGGCCUACCGGGAUUUCCCUGCUGGUGUUGAGCCUGAUUGGGAUGCUGAAAAUGAGAUUCUGUCUGACCUUUCCUGCAUCUGUGUGGUUGGCAUUGAAGACCCUGUUCGGCCAGAGGUGCCUGAUGCCAUUCUCAAGUGCCAACGUGCUGGUAUUACUGUCCGGAUGGUGACAGGUGACAACAUCAACACAGCACGUGCCAUUGCAACCAAGUGUGGGAUUUUGCUGCCUGGGGAGGACUUCUUGUGUUUGGAAGGAAAGGAAUUCAAUCGGCUCAUCCGCAAUGAGAAAGGAGAGGUGGAACAAGAGCAGCUGGAUAAGAUCUGGCCCAAACUACGAGUCUUGGCGCGUUCUUCACCUACAGAUAAACACACUCUUGUGAAAGGAAUAAUUGACAGUACCAUUGCAGAACAAAGGCAGGUGGUGGCCGUGACUGGAGAUGGCACUAAUGAUGGCCCAGCCUUGAAGAAAGCAGAUGUUGGAUUUGCUAUGGGUAUUGCUGGCACAGAUGUGGCUAAAGAGGCCUCAGACAUCAUCCUGACAGAUGACAAUUUUACAAGCAUUGUCAAGGCAGUGAUGUGGGGUCGCAAUGUAUACGACAGCAUCUCCAAAUUCUUGCAGUUCCAAUUGACUGUCAACGUAGUAGCUGUGAUUGUGGCUUUCACGGGUGCUUGUAUCACGCAGGACUCUCCUUUGAAGGCUGUCCAGAUGCUAUGGGUCAACUUGAUCAUGGAUACCUUUGCCUCAUUAGCCCUUGCGACAGAACCCCCAUCAGAGUCCUUGCUCCUGCGCAAGCCAUAUGGCCGUAACAAGCCUCUCAUUUCCCGCACCAUGAUGAAGAACAUCCUGGGGCAUGCUGUCUACCAACUCACCAUUAUCUUCACACUACUUUUUGCAGGUGAAAAGUUCUUUGAUAUCGACAGUGGCCGGAAUACUCCACUUCACUCCCCACCGACUGAGCACUACACCAUUGUCUUCAACACUUUUGUCAUGAUGCAGCUUUUCAACGAGAUCAAUGCUCGCAAAAUCCAUGGUGAGAGGAAUGUAUUUGAGGCCAUUUUCCGGAACCCCAUCUUCUGCACAGUGGUGCUAGGAACCUUUGUUUCUCAGAUAAUCAUUGUGGAAUUUGGUGGAAAACCAUUCAGCUGCUCUGGGCUCACAUUGAGUCAGUGGUUCUGGUGUAUUUUCAUUGGUGUUGGAGAGCUGCUUUGGGGCCAGUUGAUCUGCACUGUUCCAAACAGUCAACUGAAAUUCCUGAAGGAGGCAGGACACGGCAUUACCAAGGAGGACAUGGCAGAUGAGGAGUUGCCUGAGGGUCUAGAUGAAAUUGACCAUGCUGAAAUGGAACUUCGACGGGGACAGAUUCUGUGGUUCCGAGGCCUCAACAGAAUACAGACUCAGAUCAAAGUGGUGAAUGCAUUCCGUAGCUCCUUGUAUGAAAACCUCCAGAAACCUGAAUCCAAAACCUCCAUUCAUAACUUCAUGACUCACCCAGAGUUCAUCCUGGAGGAAGACGAGCCUCGGACCCCAUUCCUCGAUGGCACCGAUGAAGACCCGGAAGCUGAAGAACUCAAACAGCAAAGUGAGGAAAGCCCAGGCGAGUUCUCACCCCUCAACAAAAAUAACAAUGCCGUGGACAGCAGUGUAGCUGAGGACACCAUUCCAGAGCCAGAAAGCCCUCUACACAGCUUGGAAACAUCAAUUUGACCUCUGAACUAUGAUAUUCUGCUCACCACCCCCGCAUACAACUUACGCACCAACAUCUGACCAUGUACUGUGGCCUCUCCCUGUUAAAUCCUCACGUGUAUAUGCCUAUUUCCUUCCUCCUCCCCCUUUAUCAUUGUUUAGCAGCAGGGAUCACAGAAUUUUAAACAAUUAUGUUGGCAGAAGUGGCUCCCUCAAGAGAGAAACCAUCCCUUUCAUACACAUUCUCCUUGAAUUGGGUUCCAUGUGUCCUUUUGAGACUUUUCCAUCACUGAAGUUGCAUGUUUUUUUGUUGUUUUUUUUUAAAAAAACAAAAACCCAAGAUUCAGAUUCUCUUAAAGAGGCUGCAUAUACUGAAGUUAAUGAUGCAGUUAUAUGGGGAUUGCCGGUGACUUGUUUUUUUAGUUGCAAAUGCUGAAUGCCAGAUGUUGAUAUAUAUCCUUGGAAAGAAAAGGGUGGGCAGAACAGGGUGUAAUUUAAGGGGAAUCUGAAUCAGGUAUUGUAUGUGCAAGUGAACCCAGUCUUCCAUAAGUGGUGGGGUGGAAUAAUACCUGAUUUCUAUAUUUUUUUCUGUCUGUCCAUCUCUCUGUCUUUAUAAUAAUAUCACCCACAGAAAAUGAGGGUGGCAAAAUGUCUUAAAAUCUGUUUAAAUGAUGGAGUUAGGAUAUAGACAAACAACAAGGUAAAAUGACAAUUCCCUAAGGGAAUGAAAUUAAACGAAUCAUGACUUUUGAUUGAAAAAGAAUUUUAUAUGAAUAAAGAAUUCUGUAUUAGGUGAGGUUCGUGAGAUGUCUUAGGUAUUACAAAUUGAUUGUCUUGAUUAGGGUUUUGCCAUUUUGACAGCUGAGUAAGCCCCUGGCCCUGUAAAACAAACAUCCGGCAUCCAGAGAAUCUCAUAGCAUGUGGCUUCACUCCAAAUUGUGAUUGUUGUCUUCAAAAGAAUUUUUUGGGGAAGGGCCAGUUAUUUGAAGAGUACAAGUUGUAAAACAGUACAGCUAGGCCAUCUGCAGAAAUAAGCUAUCUCUUCCUGUAAUUUUUAUUGCAUGUUAUAGGCUGAAGAGGGAAUGUUUAUUAGGAAAGGUUCACAUUGGACACAUUCCCUUGUGCAAUAUACUUUGGUUGAAUGCUAUUAGCAAAUACGUUGGCUCCGUAGAUUUUGGGUUCCCCAUGUUGUUUGGGACACAAAACACCUUCAGUUACUAUGAGAACAAGGUGUAGCAGUAUGGCUUCUUCUACAUUUCUUCGUAAAAACCCUUUCCCUUCUCAUUGCAUCUCAACUUUGCUUCUAUCUUUUUUCCUAAGGGGAUUGUUUCUUUCAUCUGACAUCUGUCCAGAAUGAAUGCUGGUGAGGAAGAUGAGGCUAGUUGUCUCAAAUUAUGGUUGUUAGCAUCAAUUUCUUUGAUCCAGUGAAAGAACUGUUCCAUCUUUGCAGCUCGUAGUCACUUUUCUGAGCAUAUCUAAAUGGAGCUUGUUGGUAGUGCAAGAGAAGUGUGAGCGCCCACAGUUGUACUACCAGGGGCAGAGUGGCCCUCAACAUUUGGCAUAGAAGCUUGUAUCUAUGCAGAAUGCUUUUCUUAGAGAGUGCUAUCUGGAAGCAACGUGUGAACCUAGUUUUUAGUAGUUGUGUUGAAGGUCACUUUUUCAGUAUUGCCACCCAACACGUGGACAGCUUUUCUUUGUUGUUGGCCUUUCCCCCUCAAUUUCUUUUUGAAGAACGCACAGCAGAAACUCCUGUGCCUUUUCUAAGCACUGCCCAAAGCACCGCCUGCCACACAGGAGUCUGGUACUUUGCCAAGAGAUAAGUGUUCCUUAAAAAAGUAGAAAAAAGGAAAUGGAGUGUUUUGAUUUCACCUUUAAACUUUCUUGUUCUGGGCUGGUCACUGAGUUCAAGGUGGAGUGAUGAAAAUUCCUUCUUGUUAGGUCUUCUCUUCCAGUGCUAAUGUACAAGGAGAUGAAUGCUAGGUCCAACUAACUGCCAAUAGCCAGGGAAGGGAUACCCAUUCCUGACCAUCAUAUUUGCAGAUAAAAUGCCAUCCCAUCACCCGACCCCAUGUUUUCCCUCCAGAUACAUCCCCUUCAUUCCUUUCAUCUGAACUGUAAAUAUGGGGAGGAAUUUAGGGAGGGAAACUGCCAUCUCUUGCUAUAGGGCCUAUCUGAUAAAUGGGGGAGGAAACUUUUUUAUUUAGUUCUGUUCUAAAGAUUACAUUGCCUCAGUGGUCAUUUUUCUAUUUUAAAUACUUGUUUUACAAGUAUUUAAACAAGCACCAAGUAUGUCAGGUGCUUGCAUAAAUAUUUAUGAAAGAUUUCGGGGAAGGGGAAACUGAUUUUUUAUGUUUGAUAAUUUUUUUAUUACCUCAAAGUUGUUUUGGAUGACAAAUAAAACACUCACUCCCAGAAAUCUGUAACUGACAGGUUGUGGUGAGGGGUCUGGCCUACAUUUUAGUACAAUUUAUUUUCCUUUUUUGUGUCUAGCUUCCUGAAGUGGGAAGGGGAGAAUAAUUAUAUAAAUAUUAUGCAAAAAAUAUAGUUUUCUUUAGAUCAGAAACAGAUAUUUUCAAGUCAGCCAUAUGUAUUUUGUUUAAAGGAAACUAAGCUGUGAGUUAUGUAACUGCAGUGGAAUGUAGUCACAUGGCUGGCAGUUGAGACUUCGUGAUUGGUCAGACUCCAGUCAGCUUCCUUUCUCUGAACAGCCAUCUUUGUACUAAAAGUCAAUUGUGUUAUACAGAAAUGUUUUUAUAUAAAUUAUGUUGAUAUGGCUGGUUUGCUUAAAGUAUAAGUGUUUAUUGUGCAUACAUUUUUAAAUGUAAAAUUGGGUUGGGUUGGGUAAUUUUUUAAAAAAUUAUUUUAGUUUCAGUGACAAAACUGGCAGCAGUUGACUGGCUUACAUUAUUGAGGAACCCAUCGCACGUGUGGCCAAAAUAAAGAGUGUUGUCAAUAAAAGGCAUAAACUCCAAUCUGCUGAUCCUUGUAUGCACAUGUAUGCCAAACAGAUGACCACGUUUACAGUGGUCCAUUGAAGGAAGAGAUCACCUGUUGAUCCUUGUAAUGCCAAACAGGUAGCCAAGGUUUUGUGGUCCAUCGAUGGAAGAGAUCACCUGUUUGGCCAAUAUUGUGGUCUGUCAAUAGAAGUGAUCCUAUUUGGGGGCACAAGGGGAAAGGGGUAUUUCUUUUCAAUUAACUCCUUUCCCUUCAUCAGACAGUGGAGCAGCAGUGUGGAGGAAAGGGCUACACCCACUGGCUUUUGGGGGGAAAGCAAAUAAAACCAAAUCUAGCCGAGAUCAGCAUGCAAUUCCCCCACCCCAGUACUAGACAAAGGUGGAAUUUGGUGGUGGGUUGUGUUAUAUUUAGUUUUGUUUGGUUGCCCCAUGCAGCAUCCUUUUGUGUGUAUCUUGGAUAACAUCCCUUUAAAGUGAUCCACAUAAAAUAACAUGCUGGUAGCCUAUCUUGGCUGGAUGGGGAUAGGGUGUAAUUUCUGUGAAACAUACCAUAAGCAAUCGAAUGACCUAGGUGAAUGUGGCAAGGAGGGAGUGGGUGGGAAUCAUUCAAGUUUGUGCCAUGCCAGACAGGAAAUGACAUAAUAUCCUGUAAAGUGUAUUAUUUUCCCUUGGAAUGCUUUGUUGUUGUUUUUUUAAAAAAAAAAAGAAAGAAAGAAAAGAUAAGCACCCUGGACAUAAUUUUGCAUCCAGUUCUUAAUAGGACUUUGUAGGAAUUUCUUAUUAUUUUUGUUGAAAAUUGGCAGAUUGGUACCAAAGACAUUACAUGAUUUCCUGUGUGCAAUGGGGACUAUCCAUUUUAGGAGCUAGACUUAUCCAAUUGGUUAUUUUUAUUAGGUUGCACAGGGAUCUGACUUAAUUUUUGUGCAAUAUGUUUGGAGAAGCUAUUAUUUUUAAAAAUCCAGAAGGAAAAUAAAUCUUAUUGUACUUUUAGCCAUGGGAAAAUGUGAACCAAAGUGUAUGCAGCAGUCACAAAUAUUUAAAUAACCAUAGAAAUUUCUACAAAUUUUACUCUCCUCUGGGAGAGCAGUACCUGCUGCCAUUGUCAGUGAGCUCAGACUGAGUUCACUGCAGACCUGGACCAUGUAUUAUAGGGGAAAUGAAGGAUUUAUCUCUAUCCCAUUGCAUUCUUCCCAGUUUUCCUCAAGCAGCAUUUAUUUUCUGGCCCCCUUUGCCUUGAGGCAAAUUGCUGCAAUGGCUGCAAGUCUUAUAAGGAGAUGGGAAGGUGAUUGUAACUUCUACGUAUACUAUGGAAGUCUUUCAUCAACAACUUUUUGCUCUUCUCAUCUGCUCAGGAGGUCACCAUUCAAGGUCUUUUCCUUGAUGAAAGAAGAGCAUUUAGGACAACUUAACUUUUGCAGUCACCCUCCUGAUAACCUUAUCCCCACUCUAUGGACUGUACUUUGUGGUGGCAAUAUCCCUACUGACCAAAAACAAAGAAGCUCUAUUUGCAAAUCCAUGUCCCCUUUAGAGAACCCAUGGCUAAGACUACUUGUUUGGUUUUUUCCUGCCCAUAAAUAAAUAUAUAUACACUAUCAAAAUCAAUAUUUGUAUGUAUAUUUAUUUGAAUUUCAAAUCUUUUUUUAAAAAAGCAUGCAUAUAAGAAUUUUAAGUUUUCCCUUUUUGCAGUAACUAGUAUAAUACGCACUGGUAUUUUUAUAUUAAAAAAAGAAAAAAUACAAAACAAAAGAAUGAAUAUUAUGUGGUAUGCAUGACAUUUAAAAAAAUGGUGGUUUCAAAGCAAUAUGUACCCCUGGUGUGUUUGCCAUAUUAUAGAGUCGAGCUUAAAGUGCACCUGAUCUGUAAUUGCAUUUUGAUAUUAUUUAAUCUCUAUGUACAAUGUUUUGCAUGUAUUUAUAUGGGUCUUGAGAAGAUUUCUUUUGUUUUGGGAAGGGGUAAGGAGAGAGGCGGGGUUGGAACAGAAGACAAAUGAGCCUCUUCUGAAACAUUUGAAACUCCAAACAUAGUUAAUACUCUAAAUGGAAACAGGAGGAGGAAAUCAAACCAAAUUUUAAAAGGUGCAACAAUAGGAGGAAAGGAUAUUGUUUUGAAUUAAUAAAAGGUUUUUUUAAAAAAAAUUAUUUUGGCUGUUAAGCAAAAACAGUGUGCGAGUGCGUUGAGAGAAUAAACUGUGCCCGCUUAUAAUUGUGAUGUCUUCAGUAUCUGUCCCACCAGUCUUAUGAAGUCACUGAUCAUCUACUGAUGCUGAGAUGGAGGAUACUCUAAAUGAAUGUAAAAAUCCAGCUUGGAACCAGAUCAUAGUGUUUGGUUCCAAACCAAAUCUAUGCUCAACAUUCAGUGUGGAUAGUUACACAAAAACCUCUGUCCCACUUAUUCUGCCAGCUUUGCACAAUGCCCAAAAAGAGCUAUCAAAUACUAGCCAAAGGUAAAGGAAACAUAUAGAGGCAGCACACUGUGCAUAUUAAAAAUGAAAAGGAUUUUAAAAUCACUGUCCAGCGAAAGUAGAAAAAUAACAUUAAGUCUUUUUCACCUGAAAAUAAAACGUGAGUUCAUUAUAACUUAAAUUUUUAAAUUAUUUCCCCAAAAGCUCAGAAGUUAAGACUAUGCAGCUUAGUUAUUGUUUCAAACUGGGUCUUUGGUUUCAGUAGAUGCAUAGAGUAUAUUACUGAAUUAUUCUCUAUGCAUCUACUGAAACCUAGUUCAUAUAUUCUCAUAUGAACUCUGGUUUCAGAGAUUCAGCAUAUUGCUGCAUUGGACAGUAUAUGAGGUGGAUGUGUGCCUUUAUCACAUUCUGGCCGGUGAAGUUCUGCAUCACCACCACAGCAGCAAAAAGGCAGCUUUGAAAUGCUUGAGCAGGCUCCCUCAAGUCACUUAAUGACUAGGAGAGAGUGGGAGGUGGAUGGACAGCAUUCAACCAGCCACAGUUCCACACCUGGGAAAUGAAAGCCACUGAUCCCUUCUCAGCUUUCCUGUGAAUCACAACCCAUGACAAGCUAUUGCAGAUCAUCAUGGGCAUUGGCAAUUUUCUUCUCCCAAGUACUUUUCAUCUCUCCCCUGGCCCAUAAAUGACCAGGGAGCAUGUUUCAGAUCUUCAAAGUUGACUUCUGUGGUUGUGAUGGUGGUAUUGCCCAAGGAAAUGUCAAAAAAACGGCAUAAUCCGUAUCUGCAUGAGCAACAGGAUCCUGGCCUCUGCAUAUCAGAAAACUCAGUGAAAAUUGCUAUUGGUAUCCACCCCUCCUCAGAAUGUGAUUUGAUGGCAUCUAUAUAUUCAAAAUAAAUGCAUAAAUCUUCAGUACUCAUGGGUAGAGGUGUGAGACCACUGAUUUCAACAAAGUGAUAUGUCUUCAUUUUUAUGAAAAGUAUAUUAUAACCAAAUAUUUUUACUAGAAUGAGGGAUAUGAGUCAGGUUUUUGUUAGUCUCUUUCCCAUUCUGUGUAAAAGAGUGAUAUUACAGUCCAAUAUAACCAUUUCAUUAAAAAUCACUUCGGCUCACAAAAUAGCUGAACGAUGGAAUGCAUCUAGCUGUUGUGUAUUUUAGUUCAAAUUAUGUAUGGGAGCAGCAGAACAAGUCUUUAUAUUAUUGAAUGCGGGAAUAAAAUUGGAUACAAAUGGGUAAAUGGUUUUAGUAGUAAACCAACAACCUUUUGCAAACACAUUUCUUUAAAAGUACAGUAGAGUCUCACUUAUCCAACACUCGCUUAUCCAACGUUCUGGAUUAUCCAACUCAUUUUUGUACUCAAUGUUUUCAAUAUAUUGUGAUAUUUUGGUGCUAAAUUCGUAAAUACAGUAAUUACUACAUAACAAUACCAUGUAUUGAAUUACUUUUUCUUUCAAAUUUGUUGUAUAACAUGAUGUUUUGAUGCUUAAUUUGUAAAAUCAUAACCUAAUUUGAUGUUUAAUAGGCUUUUCCUUAAUGCCUCCUUAUUAUCCAACAUAUUCACUUAUCCAACGUUCUGCCGGCCUGUUUAUGUUGAAUAAGUGAGACUCUACUGUAAUUAUUGUCUUCAUUUAAAAAAAGGGGGGGGGGAAUUCAGAUCAUUAAUUUUUCAUUUGAGUACAUAGCGGCCAGAACACUCUACUUGUUGAAUAGCUUAGAAGGGAAAUUUGAAUGGAUGUUGGCAGGCACUUCUUUGAAUCACAGAAAACAAGAGUACCUGCUCAAAUUUUGUUUCCUAGGUAGACAUCAGAAAAGUUAGCAUUUUAGAUUACUUUUCCAAAAUUCCCAGCUGCCUUUGUUGACUGGGAUUCACAUGUGGUAGUCUGAGAAUGCAACUUUUCCUCUGCAAACAUUAAAUUAACUAUAUCUUGUACUGAAUCUGGAAAACUAUAACUUUUCUCCAACUCUGCUGGCUCCUACCCACCAAUACUCCAGCCACGGUCCUUUUUUCUUGAGACCUACUGUGUUGUGAUUUAAGCGAAACAGCUGGUUUCUUGUGGCCUUAUGUCAUAUUAAUGUUCUCCAACUAUCCAGCAGAUUCUACAAGGGUGAUAUUGUCACAGCUUCCAUCAGGAUAAUUUCAACAUCAUGCCAAGUAGGGGUGAGGGACAUGUAGCCAUCCUGAAGUUAUUGACUCUAGGUUCCAUUAUCCAUCCCCAGUUAGAAUAUAGGAGUAGCAGUCUAGCAAUAUCUGGAUGUCUUCACCUCUAAUAGGGUGCAGGUGCUGAAACAUGCUGGGCACUUGUAUAGUCCUGUUUCUGGCCAUCCACAAAGUCUUUCAGUCAGGCCACUAUAAUGCUAAUGUAAAUGGUCAAACAAUACCAACAGUGUAACACUGAUGUUUCCUUCUAUCAGCCUAUAAUAAGAUAAACGUAACACAUUAUUUUGCUCAUUUUCCAAAACAGUCAGUUGUGUGAAUCUCCAAAGGGCCAUGAUGAGACUUAGAGAUUUCCUCAUAAUAUUGCACAUCUACAUGGUGACGUGUCAUAUACCCCAAACCAAAAAUGUCUUUACCAGAGUGUAGGUUAUGAGUUUUACUACAGUUUUCUUUGCUUUUGAAAGUCACAACUAAGGUGCAGAAUUUAAAGGUGAUGAAGUUUGCUGUUUAGCCAAGCAUUUUCCUAUUACGGUUGUCUUUCCUAUGCUGCCAUACAAAAUAUGCCAAAUUAAGAUUCACAUGACAAUUGUCUCAUCUCUGUAACUUUUGUGCUUUGUGGUUCUUGUUGUUGUGUGACCUGUGGUCUUUUUUGUGCCAUAAUUUGGUAAAUGUGAAGGCUGCCAUUUUUGUGCCUUUUAGCCAGCUCACCACUGCCAAAGCUUGCUCUUCUGUUGUUUGCAGAAUUGGCAAUGUUGGCUAAAGUAUUGUGACUCCAGGUAACAACCAAUCCUAGGCAUAUCAUUUUGACACUCCAUGAACCUAGAUCCCAUCAGGUAAAGUCAAGAAAUGCCACUUAGAUAAAUAGGAACAGACAACUUGAAUUAUGCCUAAUUCCAUUUCCAACAGGUACAAUUUGCAGAUCGACAUUAUUUACUUGGUGAUGUAUCAUUUAAAGUCAUUCCAAUGGUUAGAGAAAACUUUAGUUGAUCUCAGUAUCCCCUCCACCUGGACUUUUUAUACAGAGAUUAACCAGAAAUAGCAAGAGUUUGGAGAAUAUUGAUGAGUCCCCUUUAAAGAUGUAUUCAGUAUCCAAUGCCUUGAUUGUAGUGCUUGGAGAUUUUUAAAAAUUGAAUAGUUCCAAGACCUCACAUUGUAGUUAUUGUUACUGUUGCAUUUUUUUAAAGUAAUCCCCAUCAUUAGAGCAUAUCCCAAAACUAUUUUAAACCAUCUUGUAAACACAAUUAAGAAUGCUACAAGCUCUGCGAUACAAAACAGUACUAGAGAGACCACUUCGUAACAUAAAGAUAAUUCCAUUACUCUAAUAAGAGAUAACAUCUGUUCAACAGUAGGUGCAAAUGUACCAAGCUAGAUGCUAUGCAAAUUCAUUAGCUUUAAAUGGAGUUGUGCAAGAUCCCUUUGAAAGAGAGGAUGUUAUAUGGCAGCCCCAAUUAAGAGACAUACAGUGUUUAUUGGAAAAUGCAUAAGACAAGUUUAUUAUCAUCUUUCCCUCCUAAAUCAAAUUCACAAAAUAUCUACUUUGGAAAAUAGAUUUCUUGAAUAAAGCAUAGUUGCGCUUUCUCUGUAAAUAGGAACAGAGGGGGGAAAUGAAAUAACAAAAUUUAACAAAAACAACAAUAACAAUAUCUCAUAGAUACAUUUGAAAAUGAUACAUUUAGAUAUUUGUGUCUUUUCCAGAAGCUCUAAGACACAAGAUUUUAUGGAACUGUGGGAAAAAAUCCCCUGCUACUUUAACUGUGAACUGAUGUGUGAAGAAUAGCAACAGGAGUAUGGGAGAAGGAGGAAGGGAGAUGGGACCUUUUAGGAUAAUAUGAUGGGGAACAGUGACAACAAAGAGUCGGAGUAUCUCUAAAUCAAUGGGGUGAGCUAGUGUAGGUCAAGGCAGGUUACAGCAUAAUUAAAACACAUACACAUUGUCAACAUUCUAUAAAUACGCAUAUUAAAAUGCAUUUAUAUAAAAUAUGCAUUAAAAUUUAUUUCUAUAAAAUACAUAUUAAAAUACACAGAAAAGAGAUAAAACACAAUACAUGAGUUUAAAAUUCAUGCUUAAAACUGCCAGGAUAGACCUGCCAGAAGAGAUUGGUCUUGAGUUGGUUUUUAAAUUCCAACAGGUGAUCUAGUUGUUGGAGCUCUUCUGGCAGGUCAUAUAAACUGGAGUGAACCAAGUGUGUCCCUUUAGAUAAGUGACUGUCACUAGCAUUUCAGUAUAGCCAAUGGUGUGAAAAGCUAAGAGUUCCUAUCUAGAACAUCUGGAUGGCUGCACUUCGACCAUCCUUUAUAAGCCCUAGUUGAAAAGAGUGAACCUGACUCUAUUUGUGUGAAUGAGUUUACUUGAACUAUAACUGAGGUGAGCAAGGAGAUUGGCAUUUUCCUCCUCUCCACAUCAACUACCCUGCCCUUGACUCACCAUGAUUCUGAAAUAGCAAACACAAACGCAGCCAUUCUGAUGCUGUUGGGGAGCAAAGAUAAGCAUCUUCCUAUGUUCAAAGAUUGAUGACUUCAUUCACUGUGACCUCUGGAGAACACAAGUAGAUUUUGGGCAAAGCUGUCCUUGGUCUACAACUGACUGCUUUUCUGGUUCUGUUUGCUCUCACCAGCCUUGGAAUUACUGUUGGAGGGUGGACUGUGGCAGCACAACAGUAGGAACUGGGAGAGAUGGCAGGAGGUAUGGUGGAAUUUGGCAUGUGGAACUCUUAUGCUGUGCUCUGAGCUUAACCUGUAUGGAGAUAAGACCCAUGAUUUGCUUCACAGAAUUCACCCAGCUCAAGCUGGGCUAUCAAACUGAGCAAAGUAGAAAACACUAAUAUUUACUUUUGUCUUAAGUUUCAUUGCUGGCUCAGUUAACAUCUUUUCAUGGGAGGUCAGCUUCCACUCUUUUAAUAGGCAGAUAGAUCUUUAGCCUUUUCUUUGCUAGCUUGUUAGCUGCUUUUGGGCCUUGCCGUUCUCUGAAAAAGUGCACUGGUAUCUCAGUCUGCUUCACAUGCAGACUCUGGAUUUGAUUUCUAGAAAACCGAAUUGGGAUUGUUCAUUCAGGUUUUUAAUUUCGCUGUUUUUGACAUAGCGAAAUUGGACCCAGCAGAUCACUGCCUCGUUCUUUGGCAAAAAUGAAAAUGAAAAAAAAAAACAUAUGUGUAGACCAAGCAAAGCCUCAAUGGAUAUCAGUGCUGAGUAUUUACUGCCUCUGUCUGUAUGUCUGUCUCUGUCAUAUGGUCCUCCACAGUGUGUCACUGGCAAAAACUUGUGAGGCCAUCCAUUGUCUGUGGGCAAGCAUUUUUUAAAUCUAAUUCUAAAUAAAAAAUAUACAAAAAUGUA